GUCUCGUGGGCGCGCACACACACACACACACACACACGCACAGUCGGAUACAGAGAUAGAGAGGACUGAGCACUGGGGUUUGGACGGAGUGUGUGUGAGCAGUGUGUAUGUAUGGAGAGGAGGAAGGAUGCGCGCUGUUCUGUAAAGGACGUUUUGUGCUAUUUAUUUAAUUUAUCAUAGGAGUGUAAUAAUAAUAAUAAUCAUAAUCAUAAUCAUAGUAAUAUAAUGAUGGCGAAUGAAGCCGGAGCGGUAACGAUAAUCGCACCCGAGGUGGAUUCUGGAGAAGGAGAAGGAGAAGCAGAAGAUCUGUGUUUGGAGGAAAUUUUAACCCUUUACGCUCAGCCCAUAAAUGAAGAACAAGCCUGGGCUGUGUGUUACCAAUGCUGCAUGUUUCUCAACCAGCUGAAACGCAGGAGACGGAAUUCCAAAUCCCAAUCCCAACCCGGUUUGGAUGUAAACAGGAGGAUUGAAGGACCAGGUGAUGUUCGGAUCUGUAAAGACGGGACCGUGAAGGUGCACCCCAGAACCAGGCCAGAGACAUACACACAGCACAGUUCCUCCACUGAGGUGAUCGAGUCUCUAGGCAUUAUGAUUUAUAAAGCUCUGGACUACGGGCUGAAGGAGAAUGAAGAGCGCGAGCUCAGUCCUCCGCUCGAGCAACUCAUUGACCUUAUGACCAACAUGGUGAACACCGAGGUGGACGCCUGCCGGGACGAGGGCUACGAGGCCACCGAGGAGGAGGAGGACGACGAGGGCGAGGAAGAGCAGACGGAGGUCUCCAACAUCCACGGCUACAAAGACAUCAUUUCGCUGUGCACAUCUCAUCUCCCGAGUUCAUCAGACGCCGCCAACCACUACCAGGCCGUCUGCCGUGCGCUGUACGCUGAGACCAAGGAGCUCCAGACCUUCCUGGACAAGAUCAAGAAUGCAAAAGAAAAUUUGCGCCGGAUGGAGGGAAAACCUCCCGGGGAACCCGUCCGAGAUCUGAACGAACUGCAGAACGACGACUGGGCUCGCUUCUGGGUGCAAGUGAUGAGGGACCUGAGACACGGCGUGAAGCUGAAGAAGGUGCAAGAGCGACAGUACAACCCUCUGCCCAUCGAGUACCAGCUCACUCCCUACGAGAUGCUCAUGGACGACAUCCGCUCGAAGCGCUACAAACUCCGCAAAGUCAAGGUGAAUGGAGACAUUCCUCCAAGGUUAAAGAAGAGUGCUCAUGAGGUCAUCCUGGAGUUUAUACGAUCCAGACCUCCUCUGAAUCCAGUCUCUGCCCGUAAGCUGAAGCCUCACCCCGAGAAACCCCCGAGCCUCCACGAGCGAAUCCUGGAGGGGAUCAAAGCCGAGAGGAAGCUGAAGCCUGUUUCUCCUGACAUGAUCCGCAGAAGCCGGCUGGGCUCAGCAAUGCGGCCGCUUGGCAUGUCUAUGAGUUUUGAUUCAUCAGGCGCAGGCAAAAGCAUCAGCACUCCCCAGGACUUGUUCCGAUGCUCAGAGUCGUCGGGUUCACCUAAGAAAAGGAUCGCAGUCAGUACACUGGCGCUGGCCGAUGACUCGCCACCUUCGCCGAAGCUUGACCAUGGAGCGCAGCCUCUUUUACAAAAGAAGAAAUUGCUCAAAGCACCCACUCUGGCCGAGCUAGAAAGCUCCGACUCUGAAGAGGAGUGGAGCACACACAAAUCAAUCAGCAGCUCCAGCAUUUCCACCUCUUUGCUGGAUGAAACAUCUCCAGAUUCUGUCCUGGGCAAAAAGACUCCUUUCCGGUUCCUCCCAAUAUCGUCCACACCUCAACCUGAACGCCACAUGGCUUCUCAUCGUAGGCACUCCUUAGAGAAGGAGGCCACGACCAGCGCUCGUUCACCUCCUUCUCGCCAGACCUUCAGAUCUCUGCCGCCAACGGAAAAGAAGGAGGAAUUUUGCUACCCGGUGGAGUGUCUGACUCUGACUGUAGAUGAAGUGAUGCACAUCAGACAGGUUCUGGUCAAAGCUGAGCUCGAGAAGUUUCAGCAGUAUAGAGAGGUCUACAACGCUCUGAAGAAAGGAAAGCUUUGUUUUUCUUGCCGGACAAAGAAGUUCUCGAUAUUUACCUGGUCCUACACCUGUCAGUUCUGUAAGAGGCCUGUGUGUUCACAGUGCUGUAAGAAGAUGAAGCUGCCCUCCAAGCCUUACGAAAACCUGCCCAUUUACUCUCUCGGGCCACCUACUCUGCCCAAGAAGGAAGCUGGAGUCAUGGGCCAAGUGGAGAAGCACUCGUCCAAUCAGCGCAACAGCCUGAAAGCCUCCACCACCAGAGCCUCCAAACACGGGGAGUACGCCACCUGCAGAGAUGAACUGGAAUUGCCGAAGGAGCUGACGGAGGAUUGGAGCACCAUGGAGGUGUGCGUGGACUGCAAGAACUUCAUCCACGACAUCAUCAGCUCCAGCAAACGCAGCUUAUCCGCGGCGAGCACGCGAUCCCGUAUGAAACGCAAAACCCAGUCUUUGUACAUGUCACCCUCCAGAUCCCGCGAUUUUCGUCCCUCGGAACGGACCAUCAACGAAGUAUAGGAGGAAGACUUUUCUGGCGGCCUAAAAAUGGUGGAGUCUCCAGCAGGUCUUGUGGGUCUUGAUAGUCUUAGUAAUAUCUAAUGAGCUCUUAUUUUUGCUGUUCUAUACAACAUCCUAUUGCUCUGGGGAUCAUUUUUCGGUUCCUGUGACUAAAAGUGUUGGCAUUUGGCCUGAUGGUUUGGCCCGGCUAUCCAGUUCAUCCUGUCUGUUUAGUUUUGGAGAAUGUCUUCCACGUCCAGGAUGAAGACCGGUUGCUGUGAUGGCUCCUGUAUUACCAAAUCAGAAGGAACGUAAUUAAAUAUUUGUAGUUCCUUCGUUUCCUUACUUUCCAGAGGUGGAUCUGCCCUUUCUGUAAGCGCACCAGCCCUGUCCCCUUGUCUCAGGAAAAAAAGGAAAAAUGUGAAGUUGACCUGGAAAUGUAGUUUGUACCAAAGGCUUCAAAGCCCCAGUUUUGACCAGCUUUUAAUUUCGCAUUCCAGAUGUGCAUGUGUACCACUGGAAGAAAACGUUCUGAAUGUAUAUUUUUUAUUCGAGAGUGAACCAUACAGUUUUAUGUAAGCAGUAUGCUGAUCAUGUGGAUCAACCCAGACAUGUAAAUAAUGUUUCCCAGACUCAGGAAUAAAAUGAAGUACACAGACAGACAGAACGGAGACUUUCAAUCUGUCCGUCUGCCCUGUUUUUUUUUUUCCCA